GACUUUCAAAUCAGAAGAGAUAUAUUUCCAGUUCGGUACGAACUGUUUUUAUGGACACUGGAUCACAGAUAAAGCCAUACUUAUAUCGUGUGAAUGCUUGCUGACAGACCACACUUCCAAAUAGUGUACUUCAUCUUACAGAACGGGAAAUAUUAGCUACGACGGUGGGCAGCACGGGCACAUGGACAUGAAGGAAGCACAAGAGACUCCCUUUUUGAAACAAGGACAACAGAAUACAGAAACUGGCAUUACGAAGCGAGACCAAUGGGAAAGAAAAACGGAGUUCCUGAUGUGUGCUAUAAGUGGUGCUGUAGGUAUUGGGAACAUAUGGAGGUUUCCGUAUCUGUGCUACAAAAAUGGCGGAGGCGCUUUCUUGAUACCCUACCUAGUAUUUCUAGUGUUGGUUGGAUUACCCAUGUUUAUAUUGGAGAUAGGCUUGGGACAAUACAUGCAAAAGGCUGGAUUUGAAUUAUGGAACAUAUGUCCCAUAUUCAAAGGCCUUGGUGUAUCAGCCAUGUGCAUUACCUUCAUUAUGAACAUUUAUUACGUGAUGGUGCUGAAUUGGAGUGCCUUCUACUUUGUCAUGAGUCUGACGUCAGAGCUCCCAUGGGCUACCUGUGAUAACGAAUGGAAUACUCCGAUGUGUGUCACGGGAGCGGAAUACAAUUCCACAAGUACGAACAUAACAGUGGAUUCAACAGUAGAGUUUUGGAGGUAUCGGACCCUUCAGAUGUCUGACAGUAUCGAAUCACCAGACGGUAUUGUGAUGGAAUUGGUCAUGUGUUCCAUUGUCGUUUGGAUACUGUUGUACUUGUGUGUCUGCCGCGGAAUUAAAGUUACGGGAAAGAUAAUGUAUGUGACGUCACUCUUUCCCUACGUGAUUUUGACAAUCCUCCUCAUACGCGGAGUCACACUAGAUGGAGCGAAAGAAGGCAUCAAGUUUUACUUAGAACCCAACUUUGCAUACCUUCAAAAUUAUCAGGUAUGGAUCGAUGCAGGGACACAGAUUUUAUUUUCGUUAGGUUUAACGUUUGGGGCUAUGCCGAUGAUCGGUUCCUAUAACAAAGUACACAAUAACUUCUACAAGGACUGCUUCGUCAUUGCCGCCAUCAAUAGUCUGACAAGUAUAUAUGGAGGAUUUGCAGUCUUUUCUAUCCUUGGAUUCAUGGCCAAAAGUCAAGGAGUAUCUAUUUCUGAAGUAGCUGAUGCAGGCCCUGGUCUCGCUUUCAUCACGUACCCUAAAGCUGUCACCCAAAUGCCAGCAGCUCCAUUCUGGUCAAGUUUGUUCUUUUUGAUGCUCUUCGUUGUCGGCUUUGGAACUCAAAUUGUUGGCAUUGAAACCGUUGUUACCCCUAUAGUAGACCUCUACCCCCGGAGACUGAGGACAGUAAAAGGAAAACUGCUUUUCUACGGCGUGUUUUGUGUUGUGUCAUAUAUAUUUGGGUUUGUCUUCCUUACAAAGGGUGGAAUAUAUGUGUUUAGCCUCGUGGACUACUACGGCGCCAGUGGCAUGCUGCUUGUGUGGCAACUGAUGUGGGAGGCUAUAGCGAUAGGAUGGGUAGUCGGGGCUGACUAUUUCUACGAUGCCAUGGAAUAUAUGCUGGGUUACAGGGUCGGACCGUGGGCCAGAAUGUCUUGGCGAUACCUUACCCCAACCUUAAGUAUAGCUCUUCUGGUCCUACAAGGACUUAACUUCAGUUUGCUUUCUGGAGCUGAGGGCUAUGAGUAUCCGGUGGGAGCGCAUGUGUUUGGAACUAUAUUAGGCCUGGUACCCAUAUUGUUGUUGGUCUUCGUUGCAGUUUGGCAGAUACUGCGUUCAUCCGGAUCUCUGAUACAGAGAAUGAAAACGAUAUCAACCCCUGUGUUUGACAGGCCACAUCACGGCUCCAGCACCAGUAACGAGUUUAUGAAAAAACGCAAAUUCGACACAAUUUUUUGACAAAAACAAUUGAUAUAGUCCUAACUGUGUCUGUUUUACUGCAAACAAGAGGAAUACUAAAUCAAUGCUGUAAAUAUAGCUUUAAUCGAUAAUUUUUAAUAAUAUAACUAAUGUAUAUCAAAUGGUUAAGACGACAGAGUUAUUAAACAAAAGAAACAGCAGUAGUCAAGAAAAGAAGCAGUUGCUAUACGUUUCCCCUUGUACAACAGCAGCAACUAUAAAGUCCGGGUCCACAAAUAUUUUCCUUCCACGUGAAAUUCACUGAGACAAAGCAAUUUUGACAGAUUUGCGUACUCGUAUAUUGCUAUCAAUAAAAUCUCUUUAUCAUUCAGAGGAUUGCUUAAGUACCACAAAACAAUCUGAAUUAAACGUUUUAUUCCUUUAGUCAUAAAACAUAACAUUCGAACCAAUAGGAUUGGAAAUAAUAACUCCUUGUCUUUUCUUCCAUCCACAUGCUCGCUAAAAGUUCCAAAACUAAGGACCACUCUGCCGUAUUAAACACUGCCUUUUGUAGCCUUAUACUAUUGUUGUCGAUUAUCGCAGUAGACAUUUGUUUGUUCUAUAUCUUGUUUUUGUUUGAAAUGUUUUUUAUCAAAUGUGAAUUACAAUUAAAUGCUUUUUACUGGCAUA